UAGGUGCAAGACUUGGUAGCUCUCCAGUCAGAAGUAUUGUUCAGUGUUUAGCUAGAAAAGAAGGAACUGAUGAAUUUUUUACUCUCAAAAUUUUGACAUUGCAAAAUCCAUCAGAGGAAACGCAAGAUGAUCGUCAGGGUAAAAUGUUACUCCAUACGGAAUAUUCUUUAUUAUCGUUGCUUCACGAUCAAGAUGGUGUUGUUCAUCAUCAUGGAUUAUUCAAGGAUGAAGCUUGGGAAGAGAAAGAAUUAUCUACAGCCGAACUUGUUUACACGGGAAGGAAAAAGAAGCGACUGUGUUUGGUACUAGAUUGUCUCUGCGCUCACGAUUUCGGUACGCGCACGGCCGAUAUGGUAAACAUGCAGCAUUACGUGAUUAAAGAAAAGAAAUUACCCGAAAGAGAAGCAAUGUUAAUAUUUCACGAUGUUGUUAGAAUUGUCUGUGCCCUUCAUAAACGAAAUAUAGUACACCGAGAUUUGAAAUUGGGUAAUAUGGUAUUAAACAAAAAGACUCGUCGCAUUGUCAUUACAAAUUUCUGUUUAGGAAAACACCUUCUUAACGAAAAUGAUUUAUUGAAAGAUCAACGAGGUAGCCCCGCGUACAUAAGUCCCGACGUAUUAAGCGGUAAACCGUAUUUAGGAAAACCAAGCGACAUGUGGGCAGUGGGAGUUGUGUUAUUUACUAUGUUAUACGGACAGUUUCCUUUUUACGAUUCUGUUCCUCAAGAAUUAUUCAGGAAAAUUAAGGCAGCUGAAUAUGAAAUUCCUAGCGAGGCUCGUGUUUCAGAAAACACCGUAACACUCAUAAAAAAUCUGUUAGUUUUGGAAGCAAAUAAACGUUUGACAGCCGAACAAGUUUUGGACUCCGUACAUUCCAUUUGCUGUCAAUGGUGGCUAAUAACCGGCGGACCGUUUCAAGUCGUUCCUGACAUAGACAACCAGAAUAAUUCUCAAGAAAAGAACGAUAAGGCGCCGAUGGUCAGCACGACCACGAGCAGUUCUCCGCUGAUGCUGGGCCAGAUAGAAUCGCUCUUGUUGUCCACGCCCGUGACCAGCGAAAGAGUCUGCAAAGAGAAGAGGAUCGUUCACCACCAGAGUCGUUUCAGAGGGAGUUUUCCAAUUAACAGAAUAUACGAAGAAGCCCGACCUCUGACGGCAGCCGAACUGAUGAGCUUUCAACACCUCCUUCCAGGUAGCUCUUAAAAAGGAGAGAGAAUUCAUUUUUGUGUUCAUCAAAGCAUUUUGAAGAGCUCAGAUAACGUUUGACAUUAAAAAUUUCAAAUUUCAAUUGGGGCAACACUAUAAAUUAGUAAUAUAAUUUAAUUUAUUGUGAAAAGUCCAUUUGAUGUAGAAAAUUUUCUGUUUUCACUUUUAUAUUCAGCAUUAUGAAAGGAUUGUUGUUAGCAUGUUUGAAGUUUUGUAUCAAGAGAAAUUUGAUUGCUUUGCAAGUGUAUACUUUUAAAUUUUUUGUCAUGCAACUGUCAGUACUAAAAAGUAGGAAAUGAUUGGUUAUCUAAGAUUUUGCAUAAUUCUACACAAAAUCAGAAUGACUUUGUCAACUCUUUUUGUUCAUUAUAGAAACCUUAUGUAUUGCAUUUUGAAUGAUUUUUUUGAGUAAAAACAAGCUAUUUGUGAUCAACAGAAUUAAAAUAAUUUAUCAAUAUAAUCUUUGCAUAAAAUGCAAAUUCAUUUUCUGUAAACAGUGGCAGCUUA